AUGGUCAAUGUGGCUGGCACGAAACAAACUCUAAUUGCAGUUGUAGAUGAAGUGCACGUAGAGAAGACAGACGAGCAGACCCUCCGCGGGCUAAAGCUGAACCACCGCGAGCGGCGCUUCAUCAAGUUCUCCUCCGUCGAGUACCAGGGCCAGCUGUACAUGACGCCGCAGGACUUCAUCGAGUCCGUCACCGACUCCGAACCCAGACCCCGACUUAAGCGGAGAGUCCUGACAGAGAGAGACCUUGAGCGGUUCAUGCAGGAGACACCCCUGCUCUCCAAGGGGUCCCCAGACAUGUUCCGAACCAUCUUUGACAAGGGUAUUAUAUCAUAUACGGAAUACCUCUUCUUGCUUUCAAUCCUGACAAAGCCACAGACGGGAUUCCGCAUUGCAUUCAACAUGUUCGACACCGACGGCAACGAGCGAGUUGACAAGGAGGAAUUCCUUGUGCUUGAGAAGAUCUUCAGUACUGCUCGCAGAGACCGACUAAACCGAGCUUUGGAGGGAGCAGUUAAACAGACAGAAGGGGAGGAUGGUGAGGUGGAGGAAGUGCUGGAGGAUGAGCUGCAGAAGAGUCAUGUUGUCGACACCACUUUGCUACUCCACUUCUUCGGCAAGAAAGGAAAGCAGGACCUCAAGUUCGAAGAAUUUAAGAUGUUUAUGGAAAACCUACAGACAGAAGUACUGGAGAUUGAGUUCAAUGAAUUUUCGAAGGGCCUGCCUGCCAUCACAGAACUAGACUUUGCCAAGAUUUUGUUGCGUUACACUUACUUACAGUCUGACCAGUAUGAGAUGUACCUGGAAAGAUUGCUAGAUCGCAUCCCAGAGGGUCGAGGCAUCACAUUCACCGAGUUCAAGUCAUUCUGCCAGUUCCUCAAUACACUAGAUGACUUUGCUAUUGCCAUGAGGAUGUACACACUUGCUGACCAGCCCAUUUCACAAGAGGAGUUUCAUCGGGCCGUGAAAAUCUGCACCGGAACAGAGCUCAGUCCGCACAUUGUAGACACCGUGUUUAAGAUCUUCGAUGAUGAUGGAGAUGGCCAACUGAGUUACAAGGAAUUCAUUGCUAUCAUGCGUGACAGGCUUCAUCGUGGCUUUAAGCAACAACAAGUGCGGGAAGGCUGGGAAGGCUUCAAGGCUUGUUUAAAAGAAGAAAUGAGACAGGAUGUUCAACAGCCAAGCUUGACUUAAACACACAGACUUUGAAAGCAAAGAGAACUGUGUGCAAGAAGUUGAUGGUUUUUGUGCAUGACUUGCAAUUGGACAUUCAUGCUUGUAUUUAUCCUGGUGAUAUAUAAGCAGUAUUGAUUUUGUAUAUACUUGAUUAAUAGAGGUCUGAGAUAAGUUUUUAAAAUAUCACAAUUCUUGAUAGAGAAUUUGGUCAUUUUUUGAAGGAGAGUGAACUUGCAGGAAACACAGUUGCAGAACCUACUUUUUAUCAUUUAUGCAACAUUAUAUCCAAAAUGAUCAUGUCUGUCAAUGAAUUUCUCUAGAGAUCUCCUCAAGAUCAUCAGUACUUUCUGUAGUGCACCACAUUCAAGAAAAGAGUAAAAUGUGCAUUAACAGGCUAAUUCAUUGCAAUAAAGAUUUGCGGGCAGUGUUCCCCAAAUUAAGUUCCUUAUCCAUCUUCUUUGUUAGUCAGAUUACUUUACUCACUGUUAUUUAUUAAGAAGAAGUCAUAGUAUGUAAAACUCUUUGAAACGUAAAAUAUUUCAGGCUAUGUUUUCUGUCGUUCUCACUUCCUCUGUCUUCCAUUGAAACUUCAUUAAUUUAUUGAUCUUUUUUUGAUCUUCCUCAGUAUUCUUUUUCUCUCUACACUCAUUACUCCCUUGUUACUUCUUUUGCCCAUUGAAGUCUUAAAAAAAGUCACACCAAUGUGUCAAAUGAGUUAUUAUUUUGCGUAUGUUUUGUUAUUAUGUUUUGUUAAAAAGUAUAUCUUUAGUUGCCAUAUAUUGUAGUAAUGAUAGAAAAAUAGAUUGCUGUAUAUUAUGUUUGAAUUAUAUUUUAUGAACAUAUUAAUUAAUUUAUAUAACACUAGAUGGAGAUAAUGCACAAAUAAUUUAGACAGGUAUGACAUUUGCAAAAGCAAAGGUUUUCAGUGCUUUUGUAAUUGAUGUUUUUCUAUUAAUUUUAUCAUUUAUAAAUUUGUAAUUCUAAACAAUGUUGAUGGAACAUUUCAUUGAAACCUCAACAUGUUUUGCUUAAUAGUAAGACAGUGGGUGUCCCUCAGCUAAUAUUUGAAUUGAAAUGAAAUACAGGAUUCAUAAACAUAUUUUGUUAGUUAUGAGAGACGGAUGAUUCCAAAUUAUAAAUAUGAAGUAAUUUGUACUUAAGAAAAAAAUAAAUCUUCCUUCUCAUUUACAUUAUUUUCAAUCUUUGUCAUCUUCUUUUGAUUUUUGUACUUGUAGGAUGUAUAGGGUAGUGACCUCCACUUUAUGAAGACAAGUAGUAGUAGUUCAUCAGUAUUGAUUACGUGAAAUAUUUGAAAAGCAGUGUAUAAUUUUGUAGCUGAUAAAAAGCCGCUUAGAAGAAGCAGAUAUUUGGCCGACAGCUUGAGUUCAUUGCUGGCCAUGUAGUUAAGUGAUGAAUGUAACAAGGAGAAGUUUAAUGGAUAUUUUCAAACUUGAUUUUAUAGUUGCAGUCAAAAAAUAAGAAAUGAGUGCUUCUUAGUUCAUACAACAUAUUCCACAUGAAGUGGAUACACACUAAUUCUUUUAUGUCAUUUACAGUCUAAAUAGAAUGAAGCUAGUUGUACUGCACAUAGUAAGUGCAACACCAUAUACUGUAUAUUUUAAAGGGGACUAUCUCACUAGAAAUGGGCCAAAAAUGCCAAUUCAGGCAGUUUAGAGAUGUAUACACCUUUAAUAACUUCCAGCCUUGAAAAAUGUCCCCCAUGCUUGCAAAGUCCCCACUAUAUUUGUGUAAAGGGAGUUUAGCCACUUAAAAUUUUAGUCCAAAAUUAUGAUUUUUAUAAGAUUUUUUUUUACUUAUUUGAUUUAUUAAAUCAUUUAGAAUACAAAUUUUUACAAAAGUGUAUAUAAGUAGAGCUCUUUAUGCACUUUUUUAUGUAUCUCUAGGGGUAUGCAAUUUGUUACAAAAAAAUGACAUAAUUCUUUUUAUAUGAAGCUUAGAUUUGGAUAUUUGCAGCAUAUGUGGUAAUCAUUAGGAUUAUGUUACAUUCUUUUGAGUCAUUUUAGAUUAUUCCUUCACAAAUUUGACAUGCACAAUUUUUUGGUAUAUUAUUGAUUUUAUUAUUAUCAUUAUUAUUUUUAUUUUAUUUUAUUUUGUUUUUCAGAAUUACUCAACUUUGAGAUUGAAAAAAAAAAUCUUGGCCCUCUUCAGUAAAUUACAAGAAAAUUGCUAAUAACUGAAUUUAAAUAUUUAAUAUAAAAAAAAAAGUAACAUAUUAUAAACCAGCUGGCAAGAUUGAAAAGGUAUGACCUUUAGUAAAUUAAAAAUGAGCUGAAAAUCUAUCGGAAAGUAGAUAUGGUCCAUCACUAAAUUAACAAAAUAACUAAGAUUGCUUAUAGCUUGCCAUGGUGUGAGAAAAAAUUCACAUCGUUCAUUAUGAACAGCAGCCAGCAUCAUCUAAAUAAGUAAUGGAAGCUCAUUACCAUCUAAAAAAAAAAACCUGUAGUAUUACAGUGUCCAUAGCUAUAUAAAUUUUACUCUUACUUAGUAUGCCAAAGUUAGUAAAGUCAUGGACAACAUCGAGGCAUAACCAUUUCAUAGUAUAGGUUAUUCUUAACCCACUUUGCCUUUUCUACACAAGGGGUGAUGGAUCCUAAAUCUCUGUGUCUUUUUUUCCCAGUUUGUCUCUUAAAUUCUUAUAGCUCUAGAGGUAAUUGGCAACUCUCUCAUAGCCAGUCCCAGAAAUAUCUCAUGUUUAGAAUUAAUAUUUGUCCAUUAGAAAAUAAAGACAGAAGAUAUCAUUAAUACCUUAUGUGAAUUUAGCUGAAUCUACUUUUUUUGCAGUCUAAUGAGUGACAAGCAGAGCUAUAAAGGUCUUAUCUAGCUGAUGUUGUCAGGUAUAAUAUAUUUAUUUUGAUUUUAGGUAAUGAUGAGUAAGAAGGUACUGCUGUCAGCAAACCCCUCUGAUUAACAUCACAACGCCAUUUGAUAUUUUUAGAAUUAUUAUGAUCCUGUUAGGUGGGCAUAUUUCUUGCUGCUGUAUUAUUGUUAUUGUUGACAGCAUAGUUUAAUUUAUUAUAGAUGUAAGAGAAUGUAUUUUGUACUGAAUAUGUACUUGUUGCAGAGUUUUUGCACUAUAUAUAAUGUUGGAAAUGAUUUUUAAUAAUCAGAUUGCCUGAUUUUAUUGUAUAUUUGUUAUCUGGAAUGUUUUUGUUGAUUAACAAAGCUUUUGAAACUGAAAAUAUGAAUAAAGGCCAACAAAGCAUAAUCUAUUUUGAAAGAUUUCAUUUACAUCAAUAAAUAUGUUAAUACAUAUUGUGGCUAGAAUAUUUACUGUAAAUCUAGCAGUCAAGUAUUUUGAAAAAUCAUCAAUAAUAAGGUUCCUACAUUGUAAAGUGAGUUGUCUGAUCACCACCACUUUGCCUUCAUCAAGUCUGUCCCUUGAAAUAUACAAAUGUCCCUCCUGAAAAAUCUUGUGGUAAUAACAAUCAGUUGUUUUCAUAUGUAAGCUAUAAUCUAGAAAAAAAAAAUGGCAUAUAGUAUGAUUUACAUGGUCAACAAAACUGACAAUUGGACACAAAGUAACAAAUCUAAAUUAUUAAGUAAAAAAGACUCCUGCACAAAACAGCCAGUGGACAGACAUUCUGAGUUGUGAUUUUUCAUCUGUGCUUCAAAGAUCUCUUUGUUUGUGUGUUCCUUUUUGCAUGUACAGAACUGCAAAUAUCCUGCAGUAAUAAAAGUUAUUCAUAAUUUA